AUGAUAGAUCCAAGGACCAAUACACGGCUUCCACGUAGAUCAAGGAGGCUGUCGAGUCGAGUGCACAGUGGCUCAGUGGAUGAGUUGCCAGUCGGCCCGACCGAUGCCUGUCGCUGCGAACACUGUCCGGUCAAGAAUCGCCAUAGACGGACCGACGAGGACAAUUUGCGAUCCGCAGCGAUGCUGCGAAAGGUUGAAGCUGCCAUCGAGACGAAUUUCCAGUAUGCCUUGGCUGACCUGGAGGAAUUUGUGCGCUUGAAAUCUGUAUCUGCUGACUUGGAGUGCAUUGGCGACAGCCUGAAGGCCUUGUGCCUGUACCGAGACCGUCUCGAGCGGAUGAGAUUCAACAUCUUUGAGUACAAUAUCAAUGCGCCCCGUGCUGUCUGCGACACCUCACCCCAUCCAAAGGUCGUGUUCGCCCACUACUUCUCCUCGCCCUCAAAGAACACAAUUCUGGUCUACGCGUACCUGGAUGUGACCCCGGCCAAGUUUGAGGAUGGCUGGCUAUCCGAGCCGUUUGAGUUCUACAUGAACGACGACAUGCUGUACGGGCGCGGAGUUUGCACCGGCAAGGGCAUGGCCCUGUGCUGGCUGCAGGCCAUCGAGGCCUGGAUGGAACAGCACGGCGAUCUGCCCAUAAAUAUCAAAUUCAUUAUAGAGAUCAUGCACACGGUGGGCAGUGUCGGCCUCCAGCACUAUAUACAGGUGAAAAGGGAGUUCUUUCAGGACGUCGAUUGCAUUGUGUUUGGCAACAAUUCCUGGAUAAAUGAAAUGAAGCCAAUGAUGAGCUGCAGCCUGACCGGCUGGGCUCACUUCGGCCUGGAGAUGCGUGGCGGCACAAAGACCCUGGAAGGGGGCCUGGUGGGGGGGCUCGUGUACGAGCCAAUGACGGAGGUACCCACGGCCGUCACGGAGUGGGACCUGAUCGAGUCGGCGAUAUUCAGUGACUAUGCCUACAAGGAGCAGUUCGGAAUCAGACGCAUCCGGUACGAGCUGACCAAGGCAGAGCUGCUGCACAAUCGCUGGUGCCAGGGCACAUUGAGCAUGCACGGAAUCGAGGGCAGUUUCAGCCGGAAGGGCUCCCUCACGCCGAUACCCAUGUCCGUGAUGGCAAAGUUUUCCAUGAAACUUCUGCCCGAUCAAAUGGUGAACCUGGUCCAGAACCAUAUCGAGGAGUUUCUGCGCACGAAGUACGACGAACUGAAGAUGAGAACCAGCUUCAAGCUCCAUCUGUUGGAUUCGUGCGAUCCGGCCCUGUGGGGCAUCGAUGCCAGAUACAACAAGGCCCUCGUUCGAUCCAUCAGUCGUGUCUACCAGGUGCAGCCAGAUCUAUCGAUGAACAUUGUCACUAGCCUGCCGAUUGCCAGCACGUUUAAGAAGAUUACGGGCAAGCCGAUCAUUCUGAUGCCCUAUUCGCAGCGCAUGGACUACUCCCACGUGGUCAACGAAUCCAUUCCCAAGCAGUGCUUCCUUCGCAACAUCAAACUCUGCACGGGUCUGAUGCACGAGCUGUCGCUGCUGCCCACACGCUGCAAGUGCGAUGUCGCCUUCGACUACUGCAACCGGCGGGGCAUAGCCGAGAUGCUGAAACCGGCCACAGAGAAGUCGACGCAUAAGCCCACUAUAUUUUCACGUCUCAGAAAGCACAGAUCGGUGAAGCCGCGCGACCAGCCACCAGAACCUCAGCUGGAACCUCAGCGGAAAAGGUUAAGGGAUUGGCUCUGUGCUCCUUUCAGGCGCUAUCGGAUGAACAAAAACAAAUUCUCCCCAAAGUAA